CAUUAGCUGUUAGUAAGCCAAGCAGUUUUUUAGGCAAAAUUCAUGUUGAGAUUUCGUUCUUUGCUGCACAAUUAUCCUUAAAUCCGGCUAAAAAAGAAAAGUUCUCAACCUAUUUACUCGAAGUAAUGUUAGUAAUUGUCAAACUACUUUAAAAUGCUGCCUGAGCCAGCAAACUCGUCGCAUUCAGCGUCGCAAAACACUUUUGUUCGCAGAAUGUCGACGUCGAAAAAAUGGAAAUAUCUUCGACGAAUCCUGAUGUAYAGACACAUGGAUUUUGAAUUUGCCUUAUGGCAGAUGCUAUACUUGUGUGUUGCUCCACAGAAAGUGUACAGAAACUUUCAUUACCAUAAACAAACAAAAGACCAGUGGGCRAGAGAUGACCCAGCUUUUCUUGUAUUACUUAGCUUUUGGUUAUGUAUAUCUUCAGUUGGCUUUGCCAUAGUGUUAAAGCUUCAUUUUUUAGGAUUUAUCAAGUUUCUUUUAUGGGUUGUAUUUGUGGAUUGUAUUGGUGUAGGAUUAGCUAUAGCAACAUUGUUAUGGUUCAUCUGUAAUCGUUACCUUAGACCGCCUUCGUCAUAUGGAACCCAGCAGAGAGUAGAAUGGGCGUAUGCCUUUGAUGUCCACCUCAAUGCAUUCUUUCCCCUGCUGAUCAUCCUACAUGUGGUCCAGCUGUUCUGUAUGCAGUUCAUCAUAGACCRUCCAUUGUUUAUUUCAAGAUUUAUUGGAAACUCGUUGUGGUUAAUAGCGCUGGUGUAUUAUAUCUAUAUAACAUUCUUGGGAUAUAGUGCCCUGCCAUUCUUAAAAAACACUGUGGCCUUACUAUAUCCACCAGUUAUUAUAGUAGUMAUCUUUUACAUCUUCUCUAUGGCUGUKGGCUGGAAUUUUGGACRGAGUGUCAUGUAUUUCUAUAAGUACAGAGUACUAUGAUUAUGAACCAAGGGGAGGUAAUUGGAUACUCAAGACUGUGCAAGGACGUGAUUGGAAAUCACCUUUGCAGGCCAAGAAGGAGGUGAUGGUCACAAAGGGAUGUGCUCCAGUGGUCAAGAACAAUAUAAGUUUAGYUGAGAAUGUCCAUUAAGCUUGUUUAACAUGCAAGUAUUGCUACUAUUGAAGGCAAGAAAUGAACUUGAGUAUAAAAAUGCGCAAURAUAAGAACUGCAAUGCACACACUCACAAAAAGGAAAAGAAAGAAAAAGUGGAGCAAGAAAAUAAAGAGUAAAGAUUCUAUAGAAAAAAGACCAAUGACCAUCAAUGCUUCAACACUUGAUGAGAAAAUGAAAUCUUACUAACUAUCUGGAACAUAUUUSUAUCAUGACCUUUCAAUUUUGAAACUUCAUUUGGGAUGUGAGGUUUUGUGUUUCCCAGAUCAGGUGAGGGKGCAGGUGUUAGGUAAUGAUGAAUAUGUGGUGAGUCUUAGUAAAUACACAUGUAUUGUGUAAGCCCUUUGCUGACACUUAACUGGCAAAAUGUUCCCAAAAUAUUUCAAUUGAAGUUUGAAAAAAGGUCAUGUUAGAAAUAUCAAUGCAGUUACUUUAUAUUGUGAAAUCAAACUGUUCAGUAAAAAAAAUAUCUAGAGAAGAUUUGAAAAAAGUCAAAAAAAGUCUUGGGAACUAGAUCUAAAAAUAAUCUAAGAGCACAUGCUGCAUAAUUUGUAUAUAUUGGCCUUUCUUUGGAUAAAUCACCCGUUAAAUAUAAUUACCCUGGUGUUAUUUUACUGGUCACAAAUGAUUAUCAGUCUGUUCAACAGGUUAAAAAUGUAAACCUUACAAAAGCCAUACUUUCGUUGGUAAGGUUAACUAUGUAGUUAAACAAGAAAUAUYGUUAUUAAGACAAGAAAUUAAAAGUAUGGAAGUCAAAUAAAUAGUAAAUAAGAAUAUA